CAGUCGCAGCCGUCCACUGACCAUGGAUGUCGACAAGCUCUUCAAGCUCCCCAAGCUUCCUCAGUCUUCGCUGAACAAGCGGAAAUGGGCAGAGCCGAAUCAAGACGCGCUCAAAGCCGCAAAGGUCGAAGAUGUGGAAGACGAGGACGGGGAGCGAGCGGGGCCAUCGCGCCAUGUUGCUGCUGCUGCUGCCACAGUGCAGGAUGUCGACGACGACGAUGAGGAGGGAGACGAGAGCGGCUUCGCGCCUGGGAAUGACGCCGACUACUUUGUUGAUGAAGAUGACGAGGGCGGUCGCUUUUUCGGGGGCGGGCUAACAGACCAGCAAAAAAGAAUUUUAGAGAUCAUGAAUAGAGGAGCCGAAGACGAUGGCGAUGACAAGCAGAGGCCAGAAAGGGAGCUCGCUGAUCUCCGGAAGACGCUGGUAAAGUUCGAGCGGGCCAUCAACAAGAACCAAGAGAUGAGGGUCCGCUUCGCAGACGAUGCCAGCAAGUUCAUUGAUUCUGAGGCCGACUUGGACGCUUCCCUCAAGUCGCUUCUCAUCCUCACCACCAAUCCCGCUCUCUUCUACCCUGAAACGAUCAAACACGGCACGCCUGCCUCCCUCUGUGGUCUUUUGGCCCACGAAAACGUCGACAUCGUCGCUUCUGUCAUUGAAGUCAUCGAGGAAUUGACUGAUGACGACGUACUCGAUGCGGGAGAUGAAGGCCGAGAAGAGACAGAGGUCGAGGAUGCAGAACAAGGCGCGUCGUCGAGCAGAAAAGGUCUCCAAGGCAUGAACAUGCUUGUCGAUUCACUUCUGGAAAACUCCUUCAUCGAGCUCCUCAUCGAGAACCUUUCCCGUUUCAAUGACCAAAGACCGCAAAAAAGCGACUCGAUAUCACAGGAGGAUGCCGCAGCGGCGUCCAACGCCGAGUCUGAUGCCAACGCGAUCUUUCACUUGCUUGGCGUUGUCGAGAACCUGGUCUCAUUGCGACCCACUCUUGCAAAGGAGACUGUGACGGGGACAAAGCUGCUUGCCUGGCUGAUGUCAAGAAUCAAGCGCAAAGGGCCACACGACCAAAAUCGGGGCUACGCUGGCGAGCUGCUUGCCAUCCUGCUCCAGAGCCAAGCCGGCGAGGAGAUGAGCGGCAUGAAUCGCGACAUUUGCUUAAAGUUUGGUCAGGCAGAGGGGAUAGAUUGCCUCCUCAGCGUUUUGGCCGUCUACCGGAAAAAGGAUCCCUCGGCAGAUGCCGAUGAGACAGAAUUCAUGGAGAACAUCUUUGAUGCACUCUGUGCCGCUUUGACGCUCCCUGAGAACAAACGACGUUUCUACGAAGGCGAAGGUACCGAGCUGAUGUGUAUCCUCAUGAGAGAGAAAAGGGUUGCGCGGCUCAGAGCCAUCAAAGUGCUCGACCACGCCCUGUCUGGGCCCCAUGGCUCGUCCAGCGCAAAGCGUCUUGUCGAGUGCCAAGGUCUCAAGACGCUCUUUUCUGUCUUCAUGGGUCGAUCUUCUUCCUCGAGUCAUUCGGACGUCGAACCUACAUUGGCGGACGAAGAGCAUGUUCUCGGGAUCAUCGUCUCGCUCCUCAACCACCUUGCGUCCGAUUCAAAGGAGCGGCUGCGGCUGCUCAAAAAGUUUGUCGAAAACGAGUACGAGAAGGUGGACCGCUUGCUGGAGAUUAGAAGGGCCGCCCUGGGUCGAUUGGCUGUUGUCGAGGCGGAAGAAAAGAUGCGGCGCGAGGAGGAGGGAGAGGAAGAAGAAGAGGAGGAGGAAGGCUAUUUCUACCUGACAAGGCUGGAAGGAGGCCUGUUCUCGGUCCAGAUGACCGACUAUAUCCUGGCGUGGAUCUGCAUGGAGGACGAUGGGAUCCUGGCGCAUACAAAGAGGAUGAUGGGUAGACGCGAGGAAAGCCUGGAGAGCGUGAUCGAUGUAUUGAAAGAGUACUACGAGAACGUUGGUGACGAUGCCAUCGUCUCAGACCCCUCGAUCGAGACUGCUGCGCCGACAAGCAAUGGAAGCAAAUCACAAGCAGAUGACGAGGCCGACGACGGCGUGCUCAGGCUUCGGGAUGUCAUCGUUCAGCUGGUCAAUUACCUCCUCGCUGUCAUCUAGCCCAUCAUGUCGCAAGAUGGUAAACCAAUGGAAUUAGAGAGAGAGGGAAUGGGAUUGAGACAAGAACUCAAAUGAUCUUGAAGAGGUAUUUAUGUCGUCAUCAAGUCUAUAUGGGAAGAAGCUGGUCGUUAGAGUCGCUCCUUUAUAUCGUCAAGUGUCGUUGAUGUCGUUGAAAAUCUGGGUCUAGAACCAGGAUGAGGCCAGCUCCUUGGCCCUCGUCUCGCCUUCGUUUGCUCUUUCGACGAGGUCGUUGAGCUCGGUCAUCUUCAUGGCCUGCCUCCGUUCGAAGCCCUGGAUCAAGAGGCGGGCCGCAUCGAUGGAAGCGAGGAUCGUUGCGGGAUCGUAACCGGUCAAUACUUGUGCCGCUCCUCCCUCGUCAUAGUCCAGCUGCCCGUCGUCGGCGAUGCGCUUGACGGGACUCUGGUUUUGGCUCUG